CCCGGCUCACGGAGCUUACAUCGGGUGUUGACCACUGCUUCAUCUAUAGAGCUUCACCUGACUGCGACCGACCUUGGUUACUCCUCACCUCCCAUAAUCUCACAUUCCUGCGUGAAUGAUGCCCCAUUGAAGUGACGACGAGAUGCUACCUUCCCAGUUGAAUGGCUCCCCCAGGCGUGCCAAUCCGUUUGGUCGCUCAUCCCCAUCCUCAUCCCCAGCAACACAAGGGAAAGCUCCUCGCCCAAAGUCGGCGAUUGUGACGUCGGGAAAGUUCGAAGAAGCCAAGGGACAUUUCCGCAACUUAUCUUCGAUAUCUCCGUCGUCACCGGCACCAGUGGCAGGGAAUGUGAAUCGACAGAGGGCGAACUCACUCAGAGGCGAUGCUGCGUCUGGAACGUUUGCGCCAGAGUUCAUUAAGUCAGAGGAGCUCCGUCGGGGAGCCGAUCAGAUCCGGGGACUGGAGGGUGAUAAUGACUUCUCUGGCAACAAAUACGUCUGGCUACGGCACCCCGAGAAGGCAUUCAUACGUGGCCUGGUGGUAGAAGAGAGAGAGGAUGGUCGGUUGGUGGUACAAAGCGAUGACGGCGAGGUACGAAUCCCGAAGUCGCUGGAGAAUAGUCCACACAUUGUUGACCGGUUGACAGCAGCGUGAAGUCGACGCCGACCAGGUUGACAAGGUCAAUCCGGCCAAGUUUGAUAAGGCGGAUGACAUGGCGGAGCUUACGCACCUGAAUGAGGCUUCCGUGGUACAUAACCUGCACAGUCGGUACCAGUCCGAUUUGAUAUACGUGAGUUUCUCCAUUCGAAUCCGGGCGCUGCAGGGGGUUGCGUGAUCAGACGAGCUAACACUGCCCGUUGCCCAUCUACUCGAACGAAUACGUGAAGAUGUA